AUAGCUUUGACAUUGCAUCUCAUUUUCAAGAUAACUAUUAGCCAUGUCGAACCUGAAUUUCUCCUGCGCCCUCGUCACCGGCGGCGGAGGCGGCCUCGGCAAAGCCAUCGCGUCUUAUCUCCUCGAACAGGGCAAGAAAGUCAUAAUUGCCGGUCGAACCGAGAGCACACUACGCGAAACAGCGAAGGAGAUCGGGGCGACAGAUUACUUCGUCCUGGACACGGGAGUCACCUCUCAAAUACCGACGUUCAUCGAUUCCCUGAUCAAAAAGCACCCCGAUCUCGACUGUCUAAUCAACAAUGCCGGCGUUCAGCGGCCUCUGCAAGUCCUAAAAGAUGAUCCAUCUGAGUUCCUCUCCAAAGCCGACCAGGAGAUCGACAUCAACAUCCGAGGACCCAUGCACUUGACUCUGGGGCUGUUGGAGCAUUUCAAGAGUAAAGAAAGCGCUAUGAUCAUGAACGUCUCUUCCAUUCUGGCAUUUGUUCCAUUCUCGGUGGUUAAUCCUGUGUAUAAUGGCACGAAGGCGUGGUUGCAUUUCUGGUCGAUGAAUCUGCGGUCGCAGUUGGCGAGCGGCGGGUUUGAUAAGAUUAAGGUGGUUGAGGUUGCGCCGCCGUCGGUGGGGACGGAUUUACAUCGCGACCGGGAGGAUCCCGAUGAUAAUAAGAAGCAUAAGAAUCCUAAUGCGCUCACGGUGGAGGAGUUUAUGGAGUUCUUCAAGGAGGGAUUGGAGCGUGGGGAUGCGGUUAUUGCUCCCGGUAUGAGUCGGGAGUUUGUGGAUAAGUGGGAACAGGAGUUUGGGUCCGCUUAUGUUAAGCUUACGGGGGUCCGGUAUGGUUGUUCAGGUAAACAGGCUUCCAAAGAGUGA